AUGAUUCCACCAGGGGAGUGCAUGUAUGCUGGAAGGAAAAGAAGGAAGCCCAUUCAGAAACAGAGGCCGGCCACGGGGGCUGAGAAGUCAAACCCGUCCAAGCGGCACCGGGACCGCCUCAACGCCGAGCUGGACCACCUGGCCAGCCUGCUUCCGCUUCCUCCUGACAUCGUGUCUAAGCUGGACAAGCUUUCCGUCCUGCGUCUCAGCGUCAGCUACCUCAGGGUGAAGAGCUUCUUUGAAGCCGUGCAGAAGUGCCCACGGCAGCCGGCGGCUGGUACCCCCUCACCAGAAGACAGUGGUCUGAACGGAGGGUCCACCGUGCUGGAGGGAAGGCUGCUGCUGGAGUCUCUCGAUGGCUUUGCCCUGGUCGUGAGUGCGGAAGGCAUGAUAUUUUACGCGUCAGCAACGAUCGUGGACUAUCUGGGCUUCCACCAGGUAAACACAGCUCUUCAGCCUGCGGCGUGGGCAGCCGCUGGUGACAGCCGACCCUGUGGCCUGGACUGGCCCCUGCAGCACGUGGAGACAAUGCAGUUUCAAGGAAAACUAAAAUUCCUGUUUGGACAGAAGAGGAAGACUCCAUCAGGGACAGUCCUGCCCCCUCGGCUGUCACUGUUCUGCAUCGUGGUGCCCGUCCUCCUUCCUUCCGUGGCGGAGAUGAAAAUGAAGAGUGCGUUUCUGAGAGUGAAGCACAGGGUGGACGUCUCAGGCUCAGUGGACGCAAAAGCAAAAGCUGCCUCGAGUCUGUGUGACCCAGCAUCGCAUGGAAAACCCCACUGCCUGGCAGGGAGGGGCAUUGGAGAAAACAUUUCAGCGCUCAAGGCACAAGCGGAUGCAGGCUGCUGGGCCCGGGUUCCAGCCAGAGCCCCAUGUCCCUGCCUCAGGAGCAGCCCGGACCUCGUUUCUGACCCCGAGGGGGCCGCCGGGGACAGGGGAGGAGAGGAGCACGGGGGGGUGCCUGGCAGCACUCCCGGAGCCAGGGGGCGGAGGGAAAGACCUGCGUAUAGUUGCUGCUUUGAGGCGCCUGGACCCGUGAGGCACCUGAACUGGAUGACAGGGAAACAUGGUCCAGAUGGUGGCACCAACGUGAAGCUGGGACCCAGUAAGAGUGACCCGUUCUCCACACACACCGUGUCCCGUGGCUCCUGCGUGUCCUGCCCCGGUGUUCAGGGCACUGUCCAUAGCAGUGGGGUUACUGCUUUCCGGAAUUCACCUGGCUGUCACCCAGGAAGCCACUCUCCCAGUGCCUAUGCCAGCCGCACGAGCAGAGCCUUGCAGGACGGCUGCAAGGGGCCCCCUCUGCCCAGCUGCCCCUUUCCCCAGGGGAGCCUGGACAACGGGCUCCCUCCGCCCGGAGGGCAGCGUCUCGCAGCGGGGGGCUAUUCCACCGAGGACGCCAAGUUUCGAGGGGGGCCGGUGCCCGCGGGAGCCCCGUGCAACCCCGUGCUGUCACUUGAUGUGCCCGUCAAGCUGGAGAACGACUCUGGGUCUGAGGACGCGGCAGACGGCUACCUCGUGUCCCCAGGCCAGGUGUGGCCGGGAGCCGGUGGUGUGGCCAAGAGACAGCUGGUCACUUUCCCUACCAGGAUACACCUGAAGACGGAGUCAGACUCCAGACCCCACCUGUAUGCGCCGCACCUGGGGCACAGCAUGCUGGGGGCUCACCUGAGCGGCAGGGCUCCACUCAGACCUGGCGAGGAGCCGGCGCCCUCCCGCCCCGCACGCUGUGCCUGCCUGCAGCAUGUGCAUGGCCUUCCCGAGCCAGAUCCUCCCCGCCACCUCCGUGCACACGGUCACCAGCCCCCUACACUGGGCCGUGACUGCAGAGCUCCCGGCACCACACCCGUUGUCAAGCGCGAGCCCCUGGACUCACCCCCAUGGGCAAGCCACAGCCAGGGUGGGGUGCCCGGCAUGUUCCCCAGAAGUGCCUUGCCGACACUGAUGCCCCCCAAAGCCCCCGAGUGUGCUUUCCUGCCGUAG